AUGAUUAAUUAAUCAACGGAAAGCGAAUUCUUCCAAGAAAAAGAACUCACAGUCUCUCGAUGGUAAUUAGAAGACGACGACAAAGAAAAUCAAACCAAGAAUCAAGUAUAGACCAAACAACCUAAACCAUCUCUCUACAAGAUCUAGAUAGAAUAUCCAGAUUAUAGUUCUCAGACUCCCUCAAGCAAUAAAUCUAAAGAGCUAAAAAGAAUGAUAGAAAGCAAUUUCAGAAGAAGACCGAAGAAGUCCAGUGACGCUUGGGAAGAAAUCCUACUUAAAUGCAAUAACAUUAGGAAAGGAUGA